CGGCGAUGUGUUCUUCGCUAGCAUUGGGCUUUAGUCUUUGCUAAUGGAUUCAACCUAACCGGAAAAAGUACGACAUUGCAAGUGUAUUACGUUUUGUGGGCGUCGUUUUCCCCCACAUUGUGUUUUUCAUGAAAAUUACUAUUUACAAUUACAACAGUACUAAGUGGGGAGUGUUUGGAGUUAUUCAAAUGUUGACUUACAAACUAAACGUUUAUGAUUAUUUCACCAUACUUGGUUCAAUUAGUGUAAAAGUGAAGUGAAUCAUAAUUAACGAAUGUGUAACGAAACGGUACAGGAACAUUCUUGCACUACUUUGUCUAAUUAAUUUCGAAAGUCAGAACAGAGUUACCAAAAGCCUGCAAACCUAAGUUUCGUACUAAUCUCGUACAAAAAUAUCAACAGUUCGGAAUAUACAAAAUAUUACCAACCAUACAAUGAGUUUGUCAUCAUUCCGGAUAUCGCUGUUGCAGUCUCUAGCGGUUACCAUAAUUUGUAAAGUGCUUCUCAUUCGGGCGUACAACAUUCCCCAGGAACUGAUUCAUUGUUAUCGGGGAAACUACACACUCCCCUCGGUUGGAUACAGUCAACAGUUACUUUUGGAGCUGGUACGAAAGAUCGAAACGCGGAACCCAACCACAUUGGAUAUGCGAAUGCUGAGCGUAGAUUUAAUGCAUCGUUUGAGAGUGGAUGGCAUCGAAAAGGCUCCUGGUCUGCAGGAAACUGAAUUCGUCACUCCGUACAGCACUCGCGGCAUAAUGGUGCCUAAGUACACGCUGUUGCUACAGCUGGUAUCCGAUAUACCAGGGUCGAUGGAGUUGGAGCAAUUUCUUAGUCCGUGGGAGAUUUGUUCGCUGCACCGGAUGCUCAGCAGUACCGUCGAACCAUAUCAACGAGGAGACGAACGUACAACCUGCCCGGGAACUUUAGCCGACGCUAGGAAUCCUCAGGCACCGUGGAUAGUUCAGAACAAGAGUAAACGUAAUCAUACUAGUAGUACCACCUUCGAUCGACCCAUCUCGCGCUGUCCGUUAGAAGGUGGCACAAUCCGGACUGCAAAGUAUGGUGCUGUAGCACCCGGAAUUGCCAUUAUGUCGAUUGCAGCCGGCCUUCAACCGCAGAACGUUCGUAUUAGUGAUUUUAUUUCUGCUUAUAAACGAAAAAACCCCUACGAAAAUCUUGAGACUAUGGAGCGAGUGGACACACGCAAGCAGCUGGAAAAGUUGUUCAACUCGAUGGAGGCAAUCGACAACACGUUCGUUUCCGGUCUGGCGGGAGAUUUGGCGGAAGUGUGUCUUUAUCAAGGCCCGUACGUAGGUACGGAUGUUCGGAUUGGUUUGAAUGGGACUUGGAACGAUACACACUUUCCUCGAGUUCGUUUUCUUGCGAACGAUCACGACGGUCGUUGGGAGAUGACGGAUGCUGAGAUUCUGUCCGGGAUCGAUGGCUAUUUUCUAUCGCAGCAAGUUCCCAACUUUGUCAAAAGGCUCAGGAGACUGCGGCUGUCGCAGGUGUUGGACAUGUACUACAGUGCCCGCGGAAUUCCGGUGGUUUCGAUUGAGAACGUUCAGACUCGAAAACUACACCAUAGUAGAUUAUCUGCUGCGGAUAUUGUAUCGAAGAAUACGGAACUCAAAGAAGACUCGCUCAAUACACUGUUUAACGCUGCUGGAAAGUCCAAGUUUCGUAAAGUGUUUGACGAUGAUGAAGACGAUGAAAUUCUAAGGGCAGAUCAAUCCGUUGUUAGUGAAAUUAACAAGGCUUGCUACAGGAAGGAAAUUCUAAAGACCAUCGAUAAAGAUCGGUUGAAGCAAGAGACCUUUAAUUUCGUGCAGGUCUUGCAGUUUACAACAGGAAGCGUCGUUGUGGAAGAUUCUUUGAUGCGCCGAAAUUGCGACGCAGCUGUGGAAAAAUUUUUCACGUAUGCUUCUGGUUUGAUGGAAACGGUAGCCGAUUGCAAUACAGUUGGAACUUCGGAUACCAAACCAAUCGUCGACUUACUGGUGGUGAUUGAUGGGUCAAGAAGCAUUUACGAGAACCAGAGGCUGAUUUUUCAUUUAGCGGAGUUGAUCGACAUUUCUAUCUACGGAUCACAGAUUUCUGUGGUACAUGGUCAAACGGGAGAAUUCAUAGUCAACAGAACUAGCAGCGUAGCAAAUGUUUUCGAACAGCUUUCCAAUUUCCAAGGAUCCUAUCCAACAAGCCUCUCCCUUUCAAAAAGUUUCGAUUCGAUAAUCAAUAGGUUAUCAGCUCAAAUGGAUGAAGAACGAGCCUACAGGACCGUCGGAGCAAAAGCACCGGUGAUAUUGACAGUUUCUCAGAAUCAGAAAAUUACCCAGACCGAUUUCGACAGUGCUCGACGAAUGUUAACAAGCUCAUUCGAGCAAUUUCCAGAUUUGUUCUUUGUCUUUCUUACCAACGACAAGCCCACAUUUGGUCAACUGACGAAUUUCACAGGUUUUUCACACAGCCGUCUUCCAGUAGAAGAACACUACAAAAUCAUCGAAUCCUCUUCAAAUGAUCCAAGUCAGUUCAGUGCGGAACUGUUUUCAACGUUGAAAGCGAUUCCACAGCGGUUAGUUGCUCCAUUCUGUCGAACCGCCUCGAACCGAGACAUGUGGCGCAAUGUGAACAUACGGGAGGAAUACGAACAGUAUAUUAGUCCCGGUGUUGAGCUUCGAUACCGGAUAAGUCGUAAUUUCCUGUGGAGCACCGACGAAGUGAGAAUUCAGUUUCAAAAUUCGGCUUAUGGCGAAUUCAGUGUGUGUGGCACACAAGACUAUCGAUUCACUGGAUUAUCGUGCAAAACUACUACACCAGAGAAUGAUAAUGUGUGGUUCAACUUCACCGAAUUGUGCUCCGGAGAACCCGGCCUACAGUGUUUGUCACUGUAUUUUACGGUGCAGAUGGAGAAAUCCUACAUGAAGUGUACCGAAAAUGACUGUCGUUAUCCGGAUCAAGUGCGAAUGGUCAUCAAACAUCAAGGGUUGCGGUGUCCAACUGAUACGGACGGGGUUAACAAGCAAGGAUCUGUGAAGUCGUUACUUGUAAUCGCUGUAAUUUUGUUACUUGCCAACAAUUUUUUGUUAAAGUUUAGGUUUCUUUAGAAAUGUAUCAAGUAUAAGUAACAGAAAAGUAAUCUUUUUUGCAGAUAAAGUUUGAUAUCACCCACUACCAGGCGUUUCCAUCGAAUGGGGUGGAAUGGAGUUGAAUUUAAUUCGCUUUGAAAAAGCUCUCGUGCA